CCAGCAUCCUCGCUGAUUGGCGAAGAGAUGUCCGCCAUCUUGGAUUGUAGCGGGGAAGAAAGAUUGAUGCGGUGACACGCGGUAUGUUUGGUGCUAACCGGAAGAAGUUUAUGGAGGGAGGGGUAGAGAGUGAUUACACGGAUGACUCCAGCCUCUACUACAGCCAGCAGUCCAUGUUCCCUUCGCACCGCACUGACAAAGAUAUGCUGGCAUCUUCCUCUGCUUCCUCAACGGGUCAACUGUCACAGCUUGGAGCCAGCUUAUAUGGCCCACAGAGUGCAUUGGGGUUUCCCAUGCGUGGUAUGAACAGUGGUGCAGCACCUCAGUUAAGUCGAAGUGGGCUCAAUCAGUCUGCCAGCCAGCUUUCCAGUCAUGCCAGUACACCAAACACUGGCACAAUGCACACGCCUCCUUCACCUAGCAGGGGUAUUCUGCCCAUGAACAGCCGGAGUGUCCUGAACCACAGCCAGCAGGUGGGGGGUCCAACAGGGCAGGCAGGAGGUAUGGGAGGUGGAGGAGGAGAUAGGGGAGGUGGUGGAGGUGGAGGAAGGAGUGGCAGUAUGGGGAGCCCCAGCCGGUCGUCACCCAGCAUCAUCGGCAUGCCCAAACAGCAACAGCCUCGGCAGCCAUUCACUAUCAACAGUAUGUCAGGGUUUGGGGUGAACAGGAAUCCAGGCUUCAACAUGAACAACUCCAUAUCCAACAACAUCUUCAACGGCACAGACGGCAGUGAGAAUGUGACGGGGCUGGACCUGUCAGAUUUCCCUGCAUUAGCUGACAGGAGUCGGAGAGAUGGAGGCUCAAAUCCAACCCCACUACUCAACCCAUUAGCUGGUCGGGCUCCUUACGUUGGCAUGGUAACCAAGCCGUCCAGUGAGCAGUCGCAAGACUUCUCAAUCCAUAACGAAGAUUUCCCAGCUCUCCCUGGUCCAAAUUACCAAACAAAAGACCCCACCAGCACCAACGAAGACAGCAAAACGAAUCUGAACUCAUCAGGAAAGCCCAGUUCAAACUCAGAUGGUCCAAAGUUCCCUGGCGAUAAGAGCUCAGUGACAUCGAGCAACAACAACCAGCAGAAGAAAGGGAUUCAGGUGCUUCCUGACGGGCGUGUGACCAACAUCCCAGUUGGCAUGGUAACGGACCAGUUUGGGAUGAUCGGUUUGCUGACGUUCAUCCGAGCAGCGGAGACGGACCCUGGCAUGGUCCACUUGGCAUUGGGCUCGGAUUUAACCACGCUUGGCCUCAACCUCAACUCACCUGAAAAUCUGUAUCCUAAGUUCGCGUCUCCCUGGGCAUCAGCUCCAUGUCGGCCGCAGGACAUAGACUUCCACGUCCCAUCAGAGUAUUUAACCAACAUCCAUAUAAGGGACAAGUUAGCAGCUAUUAAGUUGUCUCGGUAUGGUGAAGAUCUGCUGUUUUAUCUCUACUAUAUGAAUGGAGGAGACCUAUUACAACUUUUGGCUGCAGUAGAACUGUUUAACAGGGACUGGAGGUACCAUAAAGAGGAGCGGGUUUGGAUCACCCGGGCUCCUGGUAUGGAGCCCACCCUGAAGACCAACGCCUAUGAGAGAGGGACCUACUACUUCUUCGACUGCCUCAAUUGGAGGAAGGUGGCUAAGGAGUUUCACUUGGAGUAUGACAAACUAGAAGAGCGACCUCAUGUUCCCUCCACCUUCAACUACAAUCCUGCCCAGCAGGCCUUCUGAUUGGCUCUCCUUCCUCCUGCCUGCCUGCCAUUGGCCCUCCUGGCACUUCAGUCACCACCCUGCUAGGUUUUUCAACCUCCACACACUUUAUCAAAUCUGGCCAAUAAGGAUUUAGGACGAGAGAGAGGACGUCCUGGCUCCUUCACCAUAGACUUUAUGAUUUUAACUAUUCUGUUUUUUUCCUUUUUGUCAUUUUCUUUUUUUAAUUUCCCACCCUCCUCCUCCAUAAGUUUGUUUUUUUCUCUUAUGUGCAGCACAGACUGAAUGUCGACAACACACACACGGACACACAGCACUUAAAUAACUGUCCAUCUGAUCAAGUGAUUCAUGUUUCUAUUCACUCUUUAAGAUUUGACUAUUUUUGUCUAGAGAAGUUUUUCACUUCAUUUUAAGAAGAACCAGAUUUUAACAAAAGGAUUAGUAAUCACCUGUCAGGAUGGAUAAUUAUUUUGCACAGUGCAUACUUUGUCACAUUCUCUGACCUUUAGCAGGAACUGCAACUAUUUAUCAUUUCUCUUUAUUUUUACCAGGUUUUCAGCAUUACAAAUCCGACAAACACAUCAGCAGACAGUGGACAGUCAGGAGAGGAAAUGCAAUGUACAUUGUAGCACUAUUUCAUAAUAAAAGAUGAAAAAUAUACCUUUUUGGUUUGUUGUUAUGUGGAAGCACUUUGUAAGCUGGUCUAAAAAGCAUAUUUAUUUUUGUUUUUAAAUAUAUUAGGUUAAGAUUUUUUGGACAAAAGCUACCAAAAGUCACUAUGUAGGAAGUAUUUGACAUUGUAAAUUGAUCAUUUUUGUUUUACACUGGGCAGAUUAGUUUGUUUUCCAUCAUUAUUCACAACAAAGUGACAUGAGUGUGGUGGUGUUUUACAUUUUUCUAAUUGUGAACAAAUCCCAUGGAAAACCAGUGUUCUUCCUCAGUCUUCUCUAACUUCUCUGCUUUAAAACUUUGAAAGCUGUGCAGAUGUAGUUUUAAAAGUUCAUUAAUUUGAUAAUGUUACUUGCCAAAAGCAGGAGAUCCUUUUGACUUUAUGGAGGACUGUUUUUUAGAGUAAGUCUCUUUUAGAGCCCAAUGAUAUUUGUGAGUGAAGGACAGUUUAUCUCAACUUGAAUUCAAGAAUUUUUUUUUUUUUUAGUUAAUAUAUCGUGAUCAAAAAAGGUUUCUUUAAGCAGUAAUUAGCAAGUGACAGUGUCUUAGUGGGACACUAACAGCGCAUUGUUGUUAAGUGGCUGCUGGAGACUGGUCAAAAUAAUCUCCACUAUGAGUCUGUUAUGAUGAUAGAGGAACAUCAACACAUUAUCUGUCCUGUAAUGGUUUUUAAUAGUUUUGUGUAGCAAUGAGCUCUCCUGGCACAAAGGAAAAUCACUCUCCAGGCUGUAGUUGCUCAGACAUCUGGUAGGAGAUCAGUUUGAUUUGCAUUUGAUGGGAUUUGUUGGCAACAAGAAAAAUGUAGAAUCUCAUCCUUUUAUAUAAAACCGAACAGAAUGAUGCAACAGAUUCAGAACAUAACAGCAACAUUCAUUUCAGUGCAUCCCUAUCUACUGCCUUUUGGUUCUUGAUUUUAUCCUCUCAUCACUGCUCUCCAUUCUAUCAAUCCUCUGUGUGCGACUUCACUUUAAUAUUUUUUUAUUUGCUUGCUUUGCUGUCACCUUUCACAUUUAUCCAUAGCAUUUGUCAUCUGUCAUCAAGUACAAGAGGCAAAUCAAGCAAAAAUAUCAUCAAGUCUUAUAUUUUAUUGAUUUUUAAUUCCCAUUUUAUUACCUAUACUCCAGGAGGCACCAAUGUACACUUCUAUGUAUAUAUCUUUUAUAUAUACAUAAAUGCGAGGCAGUAUUUUUAAUCGAAGGGAAAUAAAGGAUAAACUGUCAGAAGCUGCUGGCCGCAGGUAAAUGAUGCAAUACUAGACUUCCUGUUACCACAGAGAUCACCAUGGAGACAGUUCACAGGGGACCACACCUGACUCCUCCAACACCGACACCUUUUAGCAACAACCACUGCUACAGCAGCUGUGACAUCAGUUGCCAUGACGACAGGGGCCAGCUCAUUCACACUGCAGCAGCAAAGCCAAGGACACGCCCACAGACCCAUGUGACCUGUUUGAGAAGAGUUUGACUGGAGGACGAGGACUGAGGCACUUGUCCACUUGGCUGUUUUAUUAAAUAUGGCAGCUAGUGUUUUAAUAGGAAAAGAAUAAAAUAAAUAUUCUGGUAAUGAAACUCAA